AUGGGUAUAAGUCGUGUCUCCAGUACCAUCCCCAAACCGGCGGUUGAACAGCCGGUGGAAGAGGCAACGGCACAGCAAACCAAAUGUUUCGUGGAAGAACGAUCUAUAGAUGAAGCUCGUCCAUUGAAGAUUGUCAUCAUCGGGGCCGGCAUUUCUGGAAUCCUCGCAUGCAUUCGAUUUUUGCAAAGAGUCCUAAAUCUGGAAAUUUGCAUUUAUGAAAAAAAUCCCGACAUUGGGGGGACUUGGUUUGAAAACCGUUAUCCCGGGUGUGCCUGCGCUCAUACCUACCAAGCGACCUUUGAGCCUAAUAAAGAGUGGUCCACAUUUUAUGCCAAGUCCCCGGAGAUUCACAAGUACUGGGCGCACGUUGUCGACAAAUACGGAUACAGACAGUAUAUGAAAUUUAACUACCGUGUGUUAGAGGUGGUGUGGGAUGAAAAAUUCUCGAAAUGGAGGCUGCAAGGUCAGCGAGUUGCAGUUGUGGGCAAUGGAUCAAGCGCCGGUAAGCCCGAGCUGAUCGAUGAUCUAACUCCUGCUUUCCUAUCCGCCUGUUGUCGUUUGACUCUGGGGCCUGGUUACUUGGAGGCAUUAACAAAUGAGAAGGUUGAUAUUAUCACCACGAACAUUGUGAAAGUUGAUGAAACAGGAAUUAUCACCGCAGAUGGGCAGCACAGACCUGUAGAUAUGAUUGUCAAGUGUCGCAGUUGGUGUAAGGGCGGGACUGAAGAUGGCCGUGUUACAGCCCUUUGGCCUGGAUCAUCUUUGUACUCUAUGGCUGCGUUUGAGCACCCGCGUUGGGAAGACUUUGAGUAUAAGUAUAUUGGGAAUAAUGCCAUGGGGUGGCUUGGUGAUGGGUGGACGGAGAAUGAGAAACACAACAAAAUCAAUGUUGAUUAUCUAGAUGAUGAGAAGAUUGACUUUCCUAAGCCGAUCAAGGAUACUUAG